UAUGGAUAGAAUUUAAGCACACGCCCCGUCCAUAAUUUCCAGGCUAUUCUAGCUCUCUUUUAUAUAAUUAGUCUAUUUAAUAGUUAAUUUUGUCUCCAUUAUUUCRUAAACUCCUUUUCCCUUGACUGAUCUCCAACCAACAAUUAUGAAACUUUCUUAAUCUAUCUCAUUAAUUAUCACCCACUCAUUUAAUCCUCUUUGGAAACUCUCCUUUGCAUACUAGAACUUCCCUCUCUCUCUCUCUCCCAUGUAAUUAACUUAACAAUCAUAGAAAAAACCAAAACCCAUUAGAAUAAUAUUAUCACCCACUCAUUUACCCACUACCCUUUUAGAAAACUCUGCCAUAUCAUAUCUUAUAAGAACUUCCCCAUCUCUCUCACCUCUUUCUUCAAAACUCUCCCAAAUCUCUCUCUCUCUCUCUCUCUCCCUCUCCUCAUGAAGCUCCAUGGCAAUGAGGUUCCCUCAGGGAAAAACUACACCCUCUACAAAACAUUGGGCAUAGUUUUCUCUCUAGUGAUUCUCACAGUGAUUCCACUCCUAUACAACCUUGUGAACUACUCUUUGUUUCUCCUCAACAGCUCAGCCAAGGAAGCUCCAUCCUCAUACUCAAGUGAUGAGAUUCAGCCAUUAAAUUUACAAGAGGAAUUAGAGGAGUGUGACAUUUUCACAGGAGAGUGGGUUCCAAACCCCAAUGCCCCAUAUUACACAAGCUCCUCAUGUUGGGCAAUCCAUGAGCACCAAAAUUGUAUGAAAUAUGGAAGGCCUGACGGGGGAUUCAUGCAGUGGAGAUGGAAGCCUGAUGACUGUGAACUCCCCAUUUUCAACCCUUCUCAGUUCCUUGAGCUUAUGAGAGACAAGUCUUUGGCUUUUGUUGGAGACUCUGUGGGGAGAAACCAAAUGCAGUCUUUGAUAUGCCUUCUUUCAAGGGUGGAAUACCCGAUAGACGUAUCCACGACAGCGGAUGAGAAUUUCAAGAGAUGGAAAUACACGAGCUACAACUUCACAAUGGCCAUUUUCUGGACGCCUCAUCUGGUGAAAGCCGCCAUGGGAGACUCCAACGGCCCCACUCAGACCGGCCUCUUCAACCUCUACUUGGACGAGCACGACCAAGAAUGGACCACGUAUGGACAUUUGGCUAGUGCGAAUGUGACAUUGUAUAAUGACUGUGUGCACUGGUGCUUGCCUGGCCCCAUUGAUGCCUGGAGUGAUUUCUUGCUUGAGAUGUUGAAGAUGGAGGGGAUCAGAUCGGCCAGAGAGAGGCUUCAAUUUGGAUAGAGAGAACAGAGGGGGAGAGUUUUCUUUUCAUUUUUUAUUAUUUUCUUAAUGGGGGGGUUUCAAAAUUCAUAUUUUGUUCUUCUUGUUAUGUGUUUUUGUAUAAUUAUACCAUUGUUGGUUUAAGUUGUGUGUAUAUUUUGUCUCUAAAGUUUAAUUAGACAUUGUCAAAGAAGAAGCAAUAAAAGCAUAAUUUAAGCAAACUUAAUUUGCUUCUUUUGGAAA